ACGGCGAGUCAGCAGCUCCUGAGAUGAACACGCAGUGGCUGCCUGUGAUCACAUCAGGAGCUCCUGAGAUGAAUGUGCAGCGAACAUACACAAUGUCACACAGGAAGACUAAGUUGUAAAGAAUCAUAUUGAAAGUUAUCAUAUUAAAUAGAUAGGACACUAAGGCAAAACAUGUUUUAUGUGAUUUGCGCUUUCUAAAUAAACACUCAAAGCUGGCAAGUGUUUAACGCCCAUGCUUUUAUAUAUAUAUAUAUAUAAACCUAAAAAAUACACAAAACAGUGUGUACCUGACUCCCUAUGUUGUUGUGGGACGAAGAGCAGUUCACGUCCAACAGCACGAGAUUCUCGCUGAGCAUUGCGGAUAGCUUAGGCGCCAUUUUGGGAAGGAGACAGGCAAAAGCGGCAAAAAUUAAAAAGAAAAAGGAGAAAAAAAAAUAAUGAACACAUUAAACAAAAUAGGUAGCACGAUUUUUUUACCGGAAUAUCAAAAACAGUCCGUGUCUUAAACGAAAGAUUGUAUGCGUCCAAUAAGAACGGGAAAAAAUAGCCAACAGUAUCGGGUUUCGCAGAAGCCAAGGAAGAGGCAAAUUCUCGGCAGCUAAUCAGUUGUUAUAGGGACAGUAAAUAAGUCGCAGUGUCGGUAUUUACACUAGUCUUGGUGAAUACAAAAGCAACGGUCUCAUCCUAGGUGAAGAACUGUUGAUUGCAAGUCAAUAUCAUUGAACAGUCCUAUGGAAACACAAAUGUGAUCAACCUCCGGAACAGCAAAAGGAAAAUAGUUUUCUCAUGUAUUCCCGAUGAAACAAAGAAGACGAAUGUCCUUUUGGAAGUGACAUUUUGCAAGAAGAGAUUAGGGAACCCCAUUAAACGUCAUAUAUAGUUAUAUAUUUUUUAAAGCAGCCCAGGGAUAUGUAGACAUUAAUUAAUCUAGAGUACAUACAAGUGAUCCUGCUAACCUUGUUCACAAAUGUGGUGGUUUGGCAUGGACCAAGCAUGAAUCCGUAGGUGAUAUUUAAAUAAAAAAAAAAAUAUAUGUAUAUAUGUAUAUUUAUAAAUUCAUUUGUCUGUUUUUCUUUAAUAUAGUCUAUUUUAAUUAUUAGUAUGUACCAGUAAACACGUUUAAGAUUCCCAUCCUCGUGUGGUAAUUUAGGGAAUUUAUAGAUGACGGGACUAGUAAAAAUUUCCCUGGGUUUCUUAUUUUAUUAUGUCAUUCUUUUUUUAAAUAUGUUUUUGUAGCUAGCAUGAGGAUGAUAUCUAGAUAGGUACCAAGUUUUCUUUUUUCUUUAUUAUUGUUAUUUAUUUUUUUACCAACUUUUUUUUUUUCCUAACCUAGACCAAUUUCAGUUCAUAUGUGAAUUUAUAGGUUUAAAAGUUUUCGAAGACUCCCCUCACAGCUGCUUCACUACUACAUAGACAUGGUAAAAGUCUGAUCAUAUGUUACGGUGAUUAAAGGUCCUUAGGGAAAUAUGUUUUUUUGUUUUGUUUUUUGUUUUUUAAUUCUGAAACUUGGAAUAAUUUAAAUGAAGAUGGCAAGCUGAUUGAGGAUUAAGUGACCAGCGUUUGCAAAAGGACCCGAUCUGCAAGAGCAACUUGGCAGAAGACUUUCGGGAUUUAUUUAUUUAAAUUUUAAUAUUUUCUUGAGAGAGAACAAGAAACAAACUGGAACAAAGGGGUUGAAAGUGCACCUGCGGGAACGCCUUGUGUAAUAGUUUGGACCCGCCAUGAGGUGUUAAUGCCUUGUUCAAAAUUCUUAAGACCUAGACCUAAAUGGCGCAGCAUGACUUUGCUCCAGCCUGGCUUAAUUUUCCCACUCCACCUUCAUCAGCAAAGCUGUCUCUAAACUGUGAAAAGCAACCUGAACCAAAUGUGCGCCUGGACAACUGCAGUGAUGUAAAUCAUAGACGACGUAAUUCUUCUGAUGCGUUAGAGUCUUCUAAUGGCCGUACUGGGGGAGGAAAUUUUGGAAGGAAGGAAAAGAAUGGUUGGCGAGGAAGAAAUGGUUCUGAAAGUGUGAAUUCUCGUGGUGGCUACCAUGGAGGAAACUCCCGCUCCAGGGCUGGUGUGUUCCACAGUGGAAAGAACCAGGUGCUACGUGAAAGUAACUCAACUAGGAAUGAAAACGGGAAAAGGGAAGAAAGAGAUGCACGCAAGCAGUUUGAGGCUGAGGAUUUUCCAUCCCUUAAUCCUGAGUCUGAAAGAGAGCAAAACCUGGGCAAAUCUGUUGCUGCUGGUGUAUGGGAACAUCCACCGAAUCCAAAAUCAAGAACUUCCAAAAUGAUGGUUAUCAAAAAGGUCACUAAAGAAGAUCCAGCGUCUGGAUUUCCUGCUGCAGGACCUCCCCAUCACCAGCCAACCAAGAACGGAACAGGUCCGAGUGUCUUUAAAGGGUUAGUCCCAAAACCUGCUGCCCCACCACUAAAGGGCAGCCGGUCAAGCUCUUCAUCACCUGUAGACAAGAUGACUCAGCCUCGUUUAAUGAAACUGACACGUGUACGAUCUGAUAAGAAGAGUGAGUUUUUGAAGGCUUUCAAACAGGACAAGGUGGAUGAAGAAGAUCUUGGUGAUAGAAAUCAAUUCAAGGAUGACGAAACACUUAACAUGCAUAACAGUAACAAUAGUCAUCGAUGUAGGGAUGAGAAUCUGAAUAGAUAUGAAAAUGAGAUCCCUCAAGUGAAUGGUAAUGCACCGGUGAUCCGCUCUGCUACCUUCACACAAGCUGAUGUUCUCUCAAGCUCUCUUGAGGCAGAGCAUAGGCUUCUAAAAGAGAUGGGGUGGCAAGAAGACAGUGAACAUGAUGAGACUUAUGCUCCUUUAACAGAGGAUGAGAUGAGGGAAUUCCAGGCCAUUAGUGAACAGCUGCAGAAAAAUGGCCUUAGAAAAAAUGGUCUUUCUUGUGACUUCAAAUUUGGCACCUGGAAAUACAGCACUUUUAAACCCACAGUUGACAAUGAUGAAGCAGAAACAAGCAGCAGUGAUACGUCUGAUGACGACGAAAUGUAAAUGGCAUUUUGUGGACUGCCUAAUUGUGGUGAUUUAUUUUUUUUCCCACUAAUUUCUUGUGCAGUAAGCUGCAAAAAAAAAAAAAAAAUACUGGCUUUCAGAAAGAACCACAUUGAGAAAUUUGAUGGACAUCUUUGUAAUGAAAGAAAGACAGAGUUCUCUGGGCCUGAAUUAAACAUUGCUUUUUUUGCUCUGUAAAUGGCCUUUGUAGUAAAAAAAAAAAAUAAUAACAACAACAAAAAAAAAAUUGUUGGAAUUACUACUUUACUGCAAAUCAGAGGUUUACUGCAAUGUGAAAGAGUAUCUAACAUGGAAGGAGUCAAUAAAAAAAAAAAAAAGAUUGCAAUUUAAGUUGUGUACUAUUCUGUGUGCUUAAAAUUGUUAAAACUUGCAACUUUACACAAUGUUUUGUUUACUAAUUUCAUACUUCUCAAUUGGGAAUCGUCAAGGCCACAGUGUUUUGUGUAAGAACGGGCAGUGUAGCAUGCUGGUGAACUGAACAAGUGCACUAGAUUUCCAUUUUCUUUACCAUGAUCAAUGCGUCAAAACAUAAUCAUUUUUUUUAGCAGUUACUAGGUAUUUAAACCAGAGUUAAUUUAUCAUUACAUUUUCUUUUACCAAGAAAAGAAAAGAAAAUCAAGAGCUUAAUCUGGGUAGUUGCAAACAGACUUGAUAUUCAGGGUGGACUAGACACAUUGAUCAAGUAGGUUUGGCUGUAAGUGUUACAAAAAUAAUCACACUUCUGGAUC